ACCUGAGUUACUCAAAAAAAAAAAAAAACCCACAACCUACGGAAGGAGGGAUCUAGAGCCAUCAACUCCACGUGAUGAUUUGUCUUGGUCAAAGAAAUCAUCGGCUUGAUUCCAUCCAAAAAAUGUCUAGAGAUAGAGGUGUUCCUGUUCCUAGUCGGUCCGUCCGCUGCUCAAGAGUACCUCCUCUUUGCUUCUUCAGCAAGUCUGAGAAUCAAUGUUCCCCGGCCACUGCAUAAAGCCUUCAGCUCUCCGUCUCUCUCGUUCCUCAAAUUGAUAAAUACCCACAAAUUUAAUCCACACCCAUUUCACUUUACGCACCACUAUCGACAAAUUCAAUCUCAAUUCCUUCCUUUUCAAUCAACUUUUUCAAUAAUUUUAUUCUCUUCAUCAUUCAUACAACCAUUUCUUUAGUAAAUUUGUGACCUUCACUGCAAAUCAAAGCAUCUUUCAAUCCCUGUCAACAUGGCCGCAAGAAACCCCCCACCCUGCAAGCACCUCGCAGAUUACAAGCUCAAACAUGGUUUGACUGGCUACCAAUCCCUUCAGAAGUUCCUCAAGAUCAACCCACUUGGAAGAACAAGCGUUGAGGGGCACCAAAUGAAGAUACCCAGAUGCUCCUUUUGUUCCGGGUAUCAAGGGAGACUCUAUGUUUGUUUGAUCUGUUCUUCGGUCUCCUGUUGCCUUUCUCCCAAAUCCAACCAUGCUCUUCUGCACGCCCAAGUUGAGGAUGGGCAUGAGAUUGCGGUGGCCGUGGAAAGUGCCGAGCUCUAUUGCUGCGUGUGCUGUGAUCAGGUCUAUGAUCCAGACUUUGAUGAAGCUGUGAUGUUGAAAUGCAUCAGGGACGUGCCAAGAAAUGAAAAUGGGGAUGAGGGUAUUAGGGAGAGAUCAGGGAAGAAGAGGAGAUUGGUUUCGGGGGUGGAAUUGGAUUUGAAAAAUCUAAAACAAGUGGUUUUGGGGAAGGAUCAGAGGUCCAAAUCUUGUUUUCCAUUGGGUCUGAGAGGGUUGAACAAUCUGGGCAAUACUUGUUUCUUGAAUUCUGUGUUGCAAGCAUUGCUUCAUGCUCCCCCUUUGAGGAAUUACUUCCUCAGUGAUCGGCACAGCCGGAAAACCUGCCGGAUAAGAUCGUCCGACGGGCUAUGUUUGCCUUGUGACAUUGAUGUUAUCUUCUCUGCUGUCUUUUCUGGUGAUCGGACCCCUUACAGUCCAGCGCAGUUCCUUUACAGUUGGUGGCAGCAUUCUGAAAAUCUAGCAAGUUAUGAGCAGCAGGAUGCUCAUGAGUUUUUCAUUUCAGUGCUCGACCAGAUCCAUGAGAAAGAGGGAAAAGCAAGUAACCCAAGUAAAGACAACAGAAAUUGCCAGUGCAUUGCUCAUAGAGUAUUUUCUGGGUUGUUGAGAUCAGACGUUACUUGUACAGCCUGCGGAUUCAUCUCAACCACUUAUGACCCUUGUGUUGACAUUUCCCUUGACUUGGACACAAGCACUUGCUCUACCAAAGAUGUAUCCAACAGGCCAGUGAAACCAAAUGAUAACGACUUUGAGAACACAAGUAUAUCUACUCUUUUGGGUUGCUUGGAUCUCUUCACAAGACCAGAGAAAUUGGGGUCAGACCAGAAAUUGUAUUGCCAAAACUGUCAAGAAAGGCGGGACUCGUUGAAGCAAAUGUCCAUCCGAAAACUCCCUCUGGUGCUAUGUUUACAUAUAAAACGGUUUGAGCACUCUCCAGUCAGAAAAAUGUCCAGAAAAAUUGAUCGCUACUUGCAGUUUCCUUUCUCUUUAGACAUGGCACCAUAUUUAUCCUCCUCUGUAGUCAGAAACAAGUUUGGAAACAGGAUAUUUGCUUUUGAUGGUGAUGAUUCAGAUGCUUCUUCAGAAUUUGAGGUUUUUGCAGUGGUUACUCAUUCAGGGAUGCUGGAGUCAGGGCAUUACAUCACUUACCUUCAUUUAAGUAACCAAUGGUACAAAUGUGAUGAUGCUUGGAUCACUGAAGUUGAUGAGGAGAUGGUGAGAGCUUCACAAUGUUAUUUGAUGUACUAUGUGCAGAAAGUGUUCUACUACAAAGCCAGUGAGGAUUUGAGUUGCUUGCCGAUGUCCCCAAGCAGGGAAAGGUUUGUCCCUAUUGCCGGCUGUUGCUAGAGUUGUUUCUCAUUCAAGCAGAGGCCUUGGGCAUUCCUGUAUGCAUUUUACACCAAGCAAGGGGAAUCUUCCUCUAUGAUAGAAAGAUGGAAAUGACAACAACGGAGUGUUCUUUAGAAAUCUAAUCCAUUGGAAAAGAUGGGGUCAUAGUUGUAAUCAUCUUCGAGCUAUGGAAUAACUUCGAUUAUGAAGAAUGGGGUUAAGAGAGAUGUCCAGAUGCUCAUUCCAAUAAAACAAAUGAUCUGUCAAUGGCUGGGUGGGAAAUAUUGGCCUAAGAGUGUUGACUUGGGUUCAGCUCUCAACCAGUUUCUUGCUCAGGAUUGUUGAAUUGAGAUCAGUCAUGUACAGAGUAGAUUCUUUUUUUUUUUGACUUACUGAUUUCAGGAUCAAAUUAUUGCUACUCAUCUAACUUCUAUAUUUCUAUUGUGCAGUAUGGUUUCUGACCAUUACUGAUCAAUCUGCUUCAUGUAUCUUGAACUUCUAAAAACACAGGGAACCAGUUUUUAAGUACUCAAAUUCUUCAGAACUGGUUUCAUGCUCUAUUUGCUCAUUUUAUCUGCAUAAUUUUCUCCAUUGUUCUUCA